AUAUCGUUGCGUACUUUACUAAAUAUAUACAAAUUGGUUAAUGAACAACAGCAUGAAAGACAUUUAAGAUGGCAAUGGUGCCAUCCCUGAAAAGCAUUUCAACUUUGGCAAGUAGUCAUGUGUUACUAGAUUUUGUAGAAGAAACAAACCCAAGACUAACUGAAUAUCUGCUGACACUGUUAGAAGAUGGGGUAUAUUCAGCUGUUACAGAGGAUUUGUUGAUUAUCUUGUUACAGUUUUAUUCAGAAAAAGUAACUGAUAGAAUAUUGAAGGCUGUUGUGCCAUGUCAUUUGAGGGAGCUCAAAGUAGAUAAAUGCCUGCCACAGUUGACUUUCUUUGGAUUAACUGAAGUUAUAAAAAAAUGUCCACAUUUACGAAAGAUUUCUUUAAAGGAAUGUGAUCAGUUGAUGUCUCCUGGACAGUUUGUGUUAUGGAGGAGAUUGGGAGUUAGUAUUACAGCUCUAUGUUUAGAAUCUUGUCAUAAUGUAUCAGACCAAGUUGUUAAAAGUGCUCUACGACAUAUACCUACGUUACAACAUUUAAAUGUUUCUAGUUGUGACAGCCUAACAGAAACUGUCUUCCUUCUAAAUGAGGAUCUCCAGAAAGAAAGAGAAUUCACACCAUCACGUGAUACAAGCCAUCAUUAUGAGUGUUCAUUGAUAAGUGUUGAUGUGUCUGGUUGUCGUGGAAUCACAGCUACAGCAGUAAGACAUCUGACAUCACUUACUGGACCUACUUUAAAGAAUGUCAACUUAUCCUGGACAUCUAUUAACCUGAUAGCAAUACUAAGUUUGGCAGGGUAUUCAUUACCUGCCAUGAUAGAACUUGUUUUAUCUUUCUACAACAAAGCUGGAAGUCAGAAGGAUCCAAAGAAUGAUGAACUGUAUCAAUGUUUAAUGGAAUUCAAAACUACAUUGGAAAAGGUAGAUCAACAACAGGAAAAGAAAGAAACUGAUCAUGUGACAAGUGGAUGUAAAGAUGCUUCAGAUGCAGGUGGAGCUGCUGAUAUAAGAAGUGUCUUGCAUAUACCAGUAAAUAGUAUAACAACUGAUUUAGAUGAUCAUGUAGAAAUUGUAAUGUCCACUAGUGAACAUGAAUCAAUAGUUUUAGCAGGAACCAAAACAUGCACAAUGGGUGAUAGAUCUACUGAAUAUAAAAAUCCUGAGAAUACUACUAAUGAUCUUUAUAAAACAGAUGGAAAUUCUUCGAUUUCUUCUAUUGCUCAGGACUUUGUAGACCCUUAUAUACAAAAAAUUAAAGAAUCAUGUUUUUCAAAUCAAGUAUCAACUGACAGCAUUAAUGCCAAAGAUUUAUUGAACCGUUCCAAAUUCUCUGAAGCAUCAGAAUGUGUUCACCCUGAUAAUGUUGAAAUAGAUUUUGUUGAAUCUCCUGAGGAUCUUGGUUCUGAUUCAACAAAUUUUAGCAAAACCAAAGGUACAGAUAUAUGUUUUACAAAUGAAUCAAUAAACAAUGUAGAUGCUUGUUGCCAUGGUUGUUGUGGAAUUGGAAUUCGUGAUGGUGCUAACUUCCAGUGUCAAACAGAUGAUGUUUGUGUGCCAAAUUCAGAUAUAUUUAUGAAAACUGGUUCAAAGCAGGAACUUGAUGCUACAUCCAUAAACUUUGAUCAAAAUAAACUUGGUUCUUCCAGCAAAACAUUUCAAGAAAAUAUUGAAACGUUAAACAAUAAAACAGACAGCAUUCAACUUUCUGAUCUCCAUUCAAAUGGAACUUCCUUUCAAAUAAGUGAACACAAUAAUGCAAGGUAUGGUGCAGGAAAUGAUUUAAUAUGCCAAAAAUGUGAACAAUUAAGACUUGCCUGUGAUAGCAGUUCUGUACUCUGCAAUGGACAUUUAGCAAUAAGUGAAAGCGAGGGAAACAUAUGUGAUCAUAAAAACUGUAAGGUAGAAGUAAAAGGUGAAGGACAAAUAUAUAAUCAUUCAAAUGGAAAAGUAGGUGGAGAUAAUCAAGCUAUAGCAUUUACUGAUUGUGUAGAAAAUGUAACAUUAAACAAUGAUUGUACACUCAAAAGCUGUGAUGUUACCCAUGGAAAUGACACAUUUUUACAAAACAUCAAAGAAAAUGGAAGUAUUGAUGUCAAAGACAGGAAACCUUUAGAUGAAAAUCAGAAAAUCAAAGAAAAUGAAAAUAUUGAUGGCAAAGACAUCAAACUAUUAGAUGACAAUCUGAAAAUCAAAGAAAAUGGAAAUGUUGAGGAAGACAGUAGGACUUUAGAGGAGAAUCAGACAGACAAAUCAAAUACACCAAAAGUUAAUAGUGAAAUUAUAAAACAGACUUACAAACCACAGCUAGUUUCUGUGGAUGUUACCAACAAAUUUACUUCAGUCUAUGAAUCUGUUGGAUUUGACUGUUUGAAAGAAUUUUUACAGUGCUCUCCAAACUUACAGAAGUUUGGUAUGUCCUGGGCUGGACUGACAGAUGAAAUGGUCAAGGACUUGACUCCAUUCUUGAAAGAUCUGAAAGAGAUUAGUCUAACUGAUUGUGAAUCUGUGACCUUUGGUAUCACUCAUAUUGGGCAUACAUGUAAAAAUCUUAAAAAGGUUGACUUUAAUGGGAUUCAUUUUAUAAAAGACAUGUUCCUCAGACCAUUCCUGCUGAGUCCAGAUUUACAGAAUUUAUACCUAGCAGAAUCUGACAUUUCAGAUGGAACAUUAUUUAGAUUAGCUGCCAGGAAAAUGGAUAAGUUUGAGGAAUUAGAUUUAUCUUGGUGUGAUGAAGUAACAGUUCAAGGACUAAAUGCAUUAUGUCGAAAACCUAGUCCUCUGAAGAAGCUGUCUUUCAGACAUUGUCCUGCUACAUCAAUGACCUUGGCCUUGAUGGCAGAAAACUUUAAACAGCUGCAGAAUCUAAAUAUCUGCAGUGUAGAUAGUAUAACUGAUUCAUCUGUAGUUUAUCUGGCUGAAAAUUUACCUCUUCUUCAGGAAAUUGACAUAAGCUGGAAUUCAGGUUUGUCAGAUGUCUGUGUUAAAGCUCUGUUGAGAUCCUGUAUUCACUUAAAGAAAGCUGUGCUGUCUGGGAUAAAGUUCCUGACAUCAGCACCAUUCUUACCCAUUAUAUCAGACUUACAAAAGUUCAGAAGAUGUCAAGCUCUAUUGAGGUUUAAACUGCAAGAAAGAAAAAUUCUGACUGAAAAUGGAGAUGAACAUUACUCAAGUGAUGAAGAAUAUGAAGAACUUUGUGUUCCCUAUAGAUCAACAACAUAUGCCCCAAAUCUGCAGAUCUUAGAGUUGGAGUACUGUGAUUGUGUAGAUGACAACCAUUUAGCAGAGAUUGUGGCUGUAUGUCGAGGUUCAUUGUAUAUCGUGGACUAUUUUAGAGAGGCUAUUAAACCUGUGAUGAUACAUGCUCAGAAAGGGAAAGUUUACCUCCCUCCACAUUUUAAACCCAGUUAAAAUUUUGAUAAAUGAUGUGCGAUUAUCUUAUUUGAAUAUUUGAAACCCUAAGGCUGUGAUAUCCAUGCUCAAAAUUGAUUUUAUUAUUUACUAAUAUAAGUUAUACAAGUAUAUCAACUUUAUGAUUAAAGAUUGUACUGAACUUUCA